AUGGUUGCUCGGGCCAAGGAGCGGAGCCGAGGAUCGCACCUGGGCGCGCAGGGGGCACCCACAGGGGAGCGGGGCCGCCCCACGCUCCCGCAGACCCUCCCGCCACGGGAAACCCGGGCGGGGACGCGCAGGGGAGGCUCCCCCCACCCCGUGCGAGCCCGCAGGGACGCGGGGGAGGCUGCGAGCGCUCAGGGGGAGCGAGCCCGGGUCCCGCAGCCCCGCGGGGCUCCCCCGGUGCCGCCCUUACCUCAGGGCCUGGCGGCAGCGCUGCCCGAGCGAGUGAGCGCGGCCCCGCCGCCAACGCCGCCUUAUAUCGGCCGUGAGGGGAGCCCGCCUCCCGGGGGCGGCUCCGGCGGCCCGGCUCCCAUCGGCACGGCCCCAAAGGCGAUCGGCCCAGCCCCGGCUCGGCCCCACAUCCCUUCUGCACGGCCGGAGAUCAGCUCCGUGCAGCCCCGGCUCGGCCCCAGAUCGGCUCGGCCCAGCCCCGGCUCCGGCCCCGCCCGGGGAGCGAGGGCUGCGGAGAGCCGGGGCAACGCCGCGGCCGCGGGCGGCUCGGCCGGGCCCGUGCCGGUGUCGGUGCCGGCCCAGCGGGACUCGGGCUCGGUACCCCGGGGCUCCAGGGACGUGUCGGUGUCGGUGCCGGCCCAUCGGGACUCGGGCCCGGUGGCCCUCGCCCAAGGCUCCCUCUCGGUGCCGGUGCGGCUCUCGGUGCUCAGCAUGUCCCAGGCCACUUACAGCCAGAUAUGGGCAGACACCCAGAGAGAGCUGGACACCAUGCUCCAGAGAGAGAGGGAGGAGUUCCUCCAGCCACAGGAGGACCCUGAGAACGUGAUGAAGAUGUUGGCCACUGCCUACGUGCAAUACCUGGCAAUCAUGAGGAAGCUGGACGAGGUCCAUGACCACCUGAUCCACCAGCAGAAGCGGGCACUGGUUCGGCAGGCGCUGGACGGGGUCAUGGGCCGCAUCCUGGAGAUCAAGAGGGAGAUGGUGGCCCUGGAGUACUCCGAGUGCCACUCCAUGGCUGGCAUCCUGAUGGAGCUGCAGCGUGUCCCGGAAGACAUAGAAAUACCCAUCCCAAAGUAUUUCAUUAAAGAAAACCUGGGAAUCCUGCAGUACAGGGAGAAAUACCUGCAUGAGAUUUUGCUGAAUGCUGGUUUGCUAGAACAGGAAGCUGUCAGAGCCAUGACACUCCAGGAGAGCAUUAGAGUGAUCCAGGUGGCAGAACGGGCUCGCCAGGGCCGCGCUCGAGCAGCCUUCAUGAGGAGAAUUUACUUUGAAGAGAAAAGGCAAAGUAGAAAAGGCGACCAGAAGAUGGUUAAAAGCCCAGAUGAUGCUGCCACUUGCAUUCAAAAGGUCUGGCGUGGGCACAGGCAACGCAAGGAAACAGAGAGGCUCAGAGAGGAGGAGAUGAUAUUUCUGGGCAUGAGUCUGCCUCCUGACUUGGAGGCAAUGAGCAGUUUGCAGAAAGCAAAUGUCCUGGAAGGUGAAGUCCGGGAAAGACCAAACUUUUCCUUCAGGCAUGAGCUGAGGACAGCAGAGGGGCCCCACAUCAAGGAAACCCUCCAGAACGAGAUCACCCAGUGCUUCCUCGAGUGCAGGCAUAUCACAGGCAGGUUUCCUGACUAUCCCCCUGAGAAGACAGGUGGUUCCAAGGCUAUUCUUAUUGAAAAACAUCCAGAGCAGAUCGUCGAGGAGCUGGCUGCCAAAAAGGCAAAGGCAGAGGCAGAGAAAAAUGAAGCAGAUAAGAAGGUAAAAGAAGUCAAGGAACCUGUCCAAGAGAAAAAGCCAGCAAAAGCUGGAAAGGAGGUAGUGGAUGAAGGCUGGAAAAUGGCUCCAAGCAAUUUCCUUUUGAUGCUGGAGGAAGGAAGCUCUCAGUACCAAGUCUUCUGGGAGAACAGAGAUAACAAAUCAGAUUUUCUCCAGGAUCAUGACCCAGAGCUGAUCAAAGCAGGGGAACGGGGAGAAGUGGAGGAGGAGAUCAGAGUGCAGGUCGAUGAGGUGAUGGAGGAGAAGCUGCUGAGAGUCAAAGAGGCUGUGGAUGGAGAGACAGGUGCUCCAGCCAAACCUGGCAAAGAGAAGGGAAGCAGGACACCUGCAAAGAAAAAGAUAUCUGAGCUGGAGAGAGAUCUGACUCCUCACAGGACCAUUGAUUCCCUGUACCAGGAACUUGCAGAAGAAAGAUUGCUCAUCCAAGUCAAGAAUGUGAAUCUCUCUGACUACAUGGGCUACUGUGACUGUCUGAUGAGCAUCCUUCGUGAGGCAGGUGCCAUGCCCAUGCCCUCCAUCCCAGAAGUCAGACAGCUCGUGGCCCUCUAUGGAAUACUGCCCUUGGGUUCCCAAACUGUCCAUGAGAAUGCUCCUCUGGUGAAAUCCCUGCUGCUGGCAGGACCUGCUGGUGUUGGAAAGAAAAUGUUGGUGCAUGCCAUCUGCACAGAAACAGGAGCCAACCUCUUCAGCCUCACCCCUUCCAGCACUAGGAAGUACCCAGGCAAGGAGGGCCUCGUCAUGAUGCUUCACAUGAUCCUCAAGGUGGGCAAGGCAUUGCAGCCUUCAGUCGUGUGGAUUGGAGACACAGAGAGAAUGUAUGCCAAAGGGCCACUGAAGGGAGAAGAAGAGAUGAACUUCAAACGCCUGGCCAGGCUCCUGCCCCAGUUCCUGAGGGUUCUGAAACCCAAGGACAGGAUUCUGCUCCUGGGCACCUCCAGGAGACCCUUUGAUGCCAAUCUGGGACCUUUCUGCAAACUUUACCAGAAAAUCAUUCUCAUCCCAAAGCCUGACUACCUGACAAGAUUUGCCCUGUGGAAGCACUACAUCCUGCAGUGUGGUGGGGCCCUCACCAAGCUGCUGAACCUCAACUGCCUGGCCCAGGUGUCAGAUGGCUUCACCCAGGGCCACGUUGUGGACGUGGUGCACACUGUGCUGACUGAGCUGAGGCUGCUGCAGAUGGCCAGGAAGCCCCUGAGCACUGCUGAGUUUGUCACUUCUCUGGCCAGACACGACCCAGUGUACAGAGAGGAGGAAGAAACGUUCCAGGCCUGGUAUGCCAAGACCCCGCUGGGGAAAGCGUGGAAUGCAGCACAGGAAACAGAUGAAGGAGGAAAAGGAAAAAGAAGGAAAGGAAAGAAAAGAAAAGGGAAAGGGAAGAAGUAACUUCCUUGAGGAUUUUUCACCUGGCCAUACCAGUCACAACUCUAUUUCUCUGUGCAGGCAUGGCAGAUUAAUGUUACAGGCAUUCCAGGGAAGAGAAUUCCUCUCUGAAUGAAUUUUUAAAAGUUUAAAAAUGAAAAAAAAAAAAAAAACCAGAUGAGAUGUAACAUGUAGCUCUCAUAGGAUAAAGAGUUAAUGACCACUGACUUGCUCAAGCAUUAUUUAUUCUGAGAGAUUUUAGGGGGCAGAAGGGUUCAUUACUCAGGCCUGUAACAUGCCAUCAACUUUCAGGCCAUACUCAUUUAUUUCAGCAAGUAACUCUCCUUAAAAAUUGAUGUCACUUUAAUGUCUUUCAUUACUUUAAUAUCCUAUAUGCUUUAUAAAACUAACUGCUUUAUAUAUCUGUGGGUCUAAAGCAUUACAGUCCUCAAUAAAACCAUUCCAGCUCUA